AUGUCGAUCUCAUUCAAAUCUCGAGUUUUGGGCGCUAUCUGGGGCAACUGUGUGGCGGAUGCCCUCGGGGGCCCGGUUUCAUUCACAGAACCAGGGACGUUCGAGCCAAUCACUGACCUGAGAUACGUAACGCCAAUGAGACAGCCAGCUGGAUCUUAUUCGGAUGGUGGAGCUAUGACCCUUGCCCUGGCACAGUCCAUUAUUGAUACAGACAAAGUGUACGAUCAAACUCUAGUUAUCCAGUAUUUCCUGGAAUGGUUGAACUUCGGCCGUUUCAGUACAACUAACGAGGCGUGGGAUGUUGGUAUUUCUACCCGAUUGGCGUUGAAUCUCUGGAAUCAACACGGGGUGAUGAAUCUAGACGCAACGCAAGCGAUUAUUACGAGACAGCUUAGUGAUGAGAGGCGUUCUGGAAAUGGAAGUCUUAUGCGGAUUGGACCAGUUGGUAUUAUGCUGCACUUUCAGCCUGAAAUUGCACUUCAGGUUGCAAAGGAGCAUAGCGAUAUUACCCACCCCUCUCCUGCUUGUGGAGAGGCUUGCCAGGCUUAUACGGAACUCAUUUGCGCAGCUAUGCGAGGAGAAUCCAAAGAGCAACUUUGCGCACGAAUUAACAAUUUCUCUUUCACUCACCCUGCGUUAUUUGCACGUUUUGCACCUUAUAAUUCGAUGGCUGAUUGGAGAUCCAAAACCCAUUCCGACAUCAAGAGCAGUGGUUGGGUCGUAGAUACCUUGGAGUCAGCACUAUGGGGCUUCUUCAACUAUGCUCGCUGGGCUGAUGGUGCGUUGGCUGUGGUCAAUCUCGGUGGCGACGCCGAUACUGCUGGUGCUAUAUAUGGGGCUCUUGCAGGUGUUUUCUAUGGGUACGAGUCUAUUCCGGAGAGAUGGAUCUUCGGAAUGGUUAACUCGGAUCAGAUACGAGAUUCGGCGGAGAACUUUGCCCAGCGAGUUAUCUCCGAGCAUUCUUAUUGA